AAAAUGAAGUUAUAUGAUGCACAUUGUCAUUUGUCACCCAAUUGUUUUAGUAUUGAUAUUAAUGUUCUUUGCGAUGUUAUUUUUGAAGAUUUAAAGAAUAGCGAAGUCAAUAAUGAGGAUGUGGUUAGUGAACUAGGAUUAAUGUCAACAAAUCAGUUUGAUUCAAAAUUGGUGAUUGAGUUGGGUGACAAAUUGAAUAAAAACAUGAAUAGACAAGUUAUUAUACCAUCGAUUGGAAUCCACCCAUGGUAUUGCCAUUUAUUUAGUUUUGACGAUGAUGAAGAAAAUAGAGAAAGCAAUAUAAAUGGUGAUGAUAAUCAAAAUUAUAAAUUACUACAUUAUAAGAAAAUACUAAAGUUAUCAAAUACAUCAUUAGAUUUUGAUGAUAAUUUGAGGAUGAUACAAGAUUAUUUACCAAAACCUAUUUAUAUCGAGAGAUAUUUAAAUGAGUUGAAAAGAAAAGUUGAUGCGUUGUUGGUGGAGGACCUGAGCUUGAAUAAGUAUAUGAUUUGUGGAGAAAUCGGAUUGGACAAAUUGUUUAGAAUUCCAUUAAAUGGGUUUUUAGGUAAUCCCAAAGAGUUUGAUUAUAAACAAAUCAAGAAUAAUGAUAAAGAUGGGAGCAAUAAUAGAUUGUUAUCAAAUUUCAAAGUGGAUAUGAAACAUCAAAUCAGGAUAUUUAACAGACAAUUAGAAUUUGCAAAUGAGUUAAAACUACCAAUUUCAGUACAUUCGGUGAAGAGUCACGGAGUGAUACUUGAGUUGAUCAGGAGCUUUUAUUCUGAAAAUAAAUUGAAAUCGAUCAAAUCAAUUUGUCUCCAUUCAUAUACCGGAUCGAAAGAUCAAAUCAAACAGUGGUUAAGUUUUGAUCAAAAUUCAAAAAUUGAUGUGUUUUUCUCGUUUUCUAAUAUUAUUAACAUUAGCAAUAAUAUGAGCAUUAAAAAUGGAAACUUUUUGAUGGAAAAUGUUAUUCAAGAAAUUCCCAUAGACAACCUCUUGAUUGAAACAGACUUUCUGGUGGAUCGAUACUACGACUGCAAUAAGGACAGAGACCAUUAUCGAGAUUUGCUUAAAGUUGUUGACCAAAUUUGCAAAAUCAAAUGUCUAAAAAGAGAUCUAUGCAUUGAGCAUUUGAGCCAAAACUGGAACCGUUAUUUGGAAAGUAACCUGGCUGCGAAAGGGGAACUCUUAGCACAGGCAAGGAGUUUCCCAAUAGAUUAACUGCCAAAAAAAGCUGUCUUGCUGGUGUUUCAGCAACCACAGCACCCCUUCUCUGAUUCCACUGCUAAUCUGCGCUCGAGGAUCCAACUCGCGAGUAUUUUGUUUCCAUUCAGUCAAAUAACAAGCAGCUGUUUGGCUUCAGCCAUUCUCAUGAAGAGCUGAAUUUUGUAAUGCGUUGCCCAAAAAAGCAGUCUCUGUGCUGAUUGAAGGUGAAGUUUGUAUUGUCUAUCUGGCGCAAAAUGCCGGUUCCACUAAAGUUGUGGUGGAAAUCAGGAUUCUGGUGCACAUGGGCUUAGGCCUUGGGAACGGUGUGGGCGAUGCUGCGUUGUGAUUGGCCCACUGAAUCUUUUAGACUAGGCACAUUUCGAGUUGUUGCUGUUUUGGGUCAUGCAGAAACAUGCAUGAUACUAGCGCAGAGAAAUAAUGAAAUGAUUAUCUCUGCGUGGAAGUGCAUGUUUUCUGCAGAACCUGUUUUAGCAGGAAGUGAAUAUUCCAC